AUGAAGGUUUGCCCGUUGCUGAUAAUAUUCACAUUCCUGAUGACCGUCUAUUUCGCUGCAGCUGAAGUGCGAAAUUAUUAUAAUGGGCUACCGAGGGGUGUCAACAGAUUGAAGCAAGAGAUGUUGAGGAAAGCAAGGAGAUUUGAGAAUUGUGAUCCAUACAGCGGCCCAUGCAGACGAGCUUAUUGGGGUACAAUGAAUGAU